UUUCAACCCCCUCCACGUGGGAGCCGGCGUGGUACAGUGCGGCCGGGGGCCUUGUAGGUGGUCGUAGGAGCCGCGGGGAUACAAAGAGGGACGCGGUGAGACAGAGGAGAAGGGACACGAGGGAGCACACCGGAGACGACGAGGAGGAGAAGGGGGGGGGGGAGGUGCAAUGGAGACACGGGAGAGCGGCGCUGGCCGUCGUUUCGCCGAGGCCCAGCUGCUGAAGCACGGCUGGACACGAGGCAAGGGCUUGGGCCGCUUCGAGAACGGCCGGGCCGAGGCCGUCAAGGUGAAGGUGAAGCACGACACAGCCGGGAUCGGCCAUGACAUGGCGGAGCAGUUCACCUUCCACUGGUGGGACCACGUCUUCAACAAGGCAGCGGCCAGCAUCGAGGUGGAGGGCACAGAGGAAGGUGCCAAGGUGAUGGGAAAUCGCGCUGACGGAGCGGAGGAGCCAAUCAGCAAUCGGAAGCCGCGCAAGGCACACCUUAGCACGACGCACGCGCUCUACGGCAACUUCGUCAAGGCCGCUACGCUGACUUCGGGAGAGGAGGUGCGCGAUGAGAAGGAGAGCUCCGAGGAUGAGACCAGCAGCUCGGAGGAUGAGGACGCCAAACUCGACCUGUCUUCCACCACCAGGAUGACGGACGAACAGCUGUUGAGAGCGUGCGGCGGGAGGACGGCACACAAGGGCGCCCGUCACGGCGUGAACAUGAGCGCCAAGCUGGCCAGGCUGGAGCAGCAGGAGCGCGAGUUCCUGAGCCGCUGGGGGGGGGGCGGCAGCGCACGCACCGACCAAGGGUCGCCCCGACCGGCUAGCGACAACGCCGCGGUGGUGGCGGCGGCAACGGUGACGACGGCUGCGGCUGCGUGCGGAGCGGGAUUGAAGAGCGGCGGGAAACGGAAGAAGUCCAAACGCGAGCGGCCGGACGACAACGAGCGCACAGAUGCGGACGGACCGGGGCCUGGGACGGAGGAGCCGGGAGUCGGCGGCGACGAGGCGCGAAGCCGACCGAAGAAAAGGAGGCACGAAUCGGCGGGCGAGCGGCAGAAAGGGUCCCCCGGCCACGGCAUCGUUCCGGACGAGACUGGAACGGCCGUGGCGGCGGUGGCGGUGGUGGCGGCGGCGCGGGACGCCGGCCACCGUGACGGCGCGAAGCGGCACAAGAAGAGCAAGCGGAAUGAGUCCGCGGUGAGGUCUGAGAGUGACGCUGCCGGUGGUGAUGGUGAUGCUGCUGAGUUGGAUACCAGAGAUGGGACUGAUGGUGUCGGGGAUGGUUGCUGUAGCAAUAACGAGGUGGAGGAAGAGGUGGACAGGUCUGAGAGGAAGAAGAAUAAGAAUAAGAAGAAGAAAAAUAAAAAGAGAGCGAGAGAGCGGCAGGACGACGUGGAGAGGCGAGGCUCGCCGGCGGGAGAGAUGAAUGAGCGCAAACCGGGACGCUCUUCGGAGGAGAAGAGCAUCGCCCGGAGCGAUGAACGCUCGGCCAAAACUGCCAAGAAAAGAAAGCACAAGACUAAGUAAAGAUAUAAUCGACUGGUGUGUUUAUAUUUUUUAAUAAAUUGGUGGAAUUCGCCAAAUGUGGCAAAGUUCAGGACUUUACUGAUGAUGAGUUUUGAGAAUCAGGAAUUGCUUGAUUUAACAAAAUGAUAUUAUUUAGUUAAAUUAUUGCCAUUAAAGCAAGAAAACUUUGCAACGACAGUUUUUUGUGCAAAAGUGUCAUGAACAUCCGCUUGACAAAUCUUCAUUUCUGUGACGUGUGCGCAAUAAACGGUCUGGACUUUUUA